AAAACCUGCGCAUUCUUCCUCGACAAACGUUUCUUCUUCCUUCACCGAACAUCCAUCACAGAUAUCGAUCGGUCAACUCCAAACCUCACAAACCUCACAAAACCACCUCUCAAUCCUCAAAACCAACCUCAAGAACCUCAAGAGAACCCCAAGAAGCUCAAGAAAGCCUCAUCCAACCUCCGCCGCCAAAAAGGCCGCGCGCACCUGCGACAAAGCCGUGCGACACAGAUCCAGCUCACGAAAGCUGAAGAUACACACCCUCAGGAAACCCUGAAGACAACGCCGCCAAAAAGGCAGCAACUACGCAAACCUGCACCAAAGCACACCUGCGACACACAUCAAGCUCACGAAAGCUCAAGACACUCUCAGCAAAACCUGAGAAUCACCUUCGUCGGCACCUAGCCUGCGACCACGCACACCUGCAAACAAGCACACCUGCGACUAUCACCCCACAAGACACUACAUCACCACCCACAAGCCCACGCAAAAAUGCCUG